CACGCGACCUGGAAUCUGGGCUUUCUGGUCUGACAGUGCAGCGUCGGACACGGAGAAGGCGGGGGGCGGAGUCUGGGAACCUCCGCGCUUUCGGUCUUAAGGGUUCAGCGGAGGGCCCGCACUCGGCCUACCGGUGGAAGGAGUAGCCGUGCGCGCCGCCGCGUCUGAAAGCCGCAGCCCCCCGCGGCCCCGGCUGGGGUGCGUCUGCGUCCCUCUCUCCCAGCUCGGCCCUGUCCCUCCGCUUCGGCUCACACCUGCUCCCCCUGCUCGCACCCCAGACCGCAGUGGCGGCGGCGCGGCCGGCGGGCGGUGACCACCCCCCGAUCCAGGGCCUCCGCCAGGUCGCGUCCAUUAACCUCGUGCCGAGCCCGGAAAGCAAAGGGAAGUUCACGGACUCUGGGACCCCAAGCUUUCAGAUUGAAAGGAGGAAUUUCCCAGAUUUUCUGGAGCGAGAAUACACCCUGAGCCUCGCAGCGGAAGUCCGCAGCCACGGAGAACCGGACUGUGCAAUGUUGGCUGGCUACAGGCCAAUCAGGCAGAGUGGGAGAAAGAAGACAUCGUCUCUGGAAAAAACUGAGCUUUACUAAGGUUUUCCUCCUGUUGAUUUUGGUUUUCACGACUCCUUUAGCAAGACCUGUUGCUUAAGCGGGUCAGAUUCUGGUGUACAUCAUGUCCAAUUUCGAAGAUGCUGACACAGAAGAGACAGUAACUUGUCUCCAGAUGACUGUUUACCAUCCUGGCCACCAGCAAAAUGGAAUAUUCCAAUCAAUAAGGUUUUUUAACCGAGAAAAACUCCCCUCCAGCGAAGUGGUGAAAUUUGGCCGAAAUUCCAACACCUGUCAUUAUACUUUUCAGGACAAACAGGUUUCCCGAGUUCAGUUUUCUUUGCAGCUAUUUAAAAAGUUUGAUAGCUCAGUUCUCUCUUUUGAAAUUAAAAAUAUGAGUAAGAAGACCAAUCUGAUUGUGGACAACAAGGAGCUGGGCUACCUAAAUAAAAUGGACCUGCCACACAAAUGCCUGGUUAGGUUUGGGGACUAUCAGUUCCUGAUGGAGAAGGAAGAUGGAGAGUCAUUAGAAUUUUUUGAGAUUCAACUUUCUUUGUCUACAAGACCACUCUUGCAAGAAAACAACUGGCUACCACAGAAGCCCAUACCUGAGUGUGGCAGAUAUUCAUCCUGUUCCACCCAAAACAAUUCUCCUAUAGAAAUGGGUGAAAAUGAAUGGUAAACGCAGAGGGCUAAGAGAAUCAUGAAGGAUGAAGAACUCUGUAGACACUUUAUAGACAUUCCACUUAGUAAGAGUUUCUUAGUGUAGUAUAUUACUGUCAUCUAUUACUUUGUCAAAUUUGAGAUCUGGUGUUAUCAUUUGAAGUCUGUAACUUGUGUUACUCAUUGAUUUAGUCACCUGUUGCAUUGCUGGAUGUGUGAAGAAUUACUGUAAGUGUAUAUCUGUGAGCAUUAAUGUACAAAUAGUAUCCUUUGUGAUGAAGGAAUAGUGUUCUCAAAAUAUGGUUAUGUUACUUUUUUUUUAUGCCUGAUUUUGGUCCUAUGUUUUAUAUUGUUUCAUUUUGGUUUGUAAGUUUUGGUUUGGUCAUAUUAUUUCACAGUAGUCAUUUGUUUUCAAGGUCAGGGCUACAAACAAGUUAUUAUGGGUGUUGUAGCCUGUUGGUACUUGUAGUACCAGAGUAUUGGAACAGAGCAUAAUGUUUUUUAGUGUGUCAUUGUGGUUUUAAUAUGGGAAGACUUAUUUGAGCAAUAAUACCUUGAUUUUCUGUUUUUUUCUCUAUAGAUUUACUUAUACUGUUUAUUCCCAAGAAUACCGUUUUCCUUGUCUGUAUUCAGUAUCUAAAACCAAUGUUUUAAACAUUUUAACGAACCACUGUGUUAAGUUUAGAAUUCUUUUUCUUUUCCCUUUUUUUUGGCUGCACCACAUGGCUUGUGGGAUCUUAGUUCCCCGACCAGGGAUUGAACCCCGGUCCCUGGCAGUGGAAGCGCCGACUCCUAACCACUGGACUGCCAGGGAUUCCCAAUUUUUCAUUUUUCUUACCAAAUUUUAAAUAGUUUUUUAUGUAGUACAGAGUUUUAAAUUCCAUGAAUUCAAAAUUUUAACAGCAUCCAUGUACAUAAUAAAGUCAAAGUUUAAUUCUCUAAACAUUUUCUUUGAAACUCUUUCUGAAUAAAGGGAGGAACUGUUUUUAGACUGCUCUAAGGGAGGACUGCAGUAGGCCGCAGGCAGAGGCUGUGGCUGGGGACUCAGACACAUCCAGCUGUGCCCCUCAAUGCAUAUUGGCUCCAUUAUUUGUUCCACACCCCACAUGGAGGCACAUGGCCACCAGUAGCUCCCAAGUGCUAUAUGUUACUGAUCACCCACCCAAAGAGAACCUUAUCUCCCAAUUCCAGUCCAAGAGAAGGGUCAGCUUGGGUCAGGUGCCCACCCAUCUACCAAUCAACUUGCCUCAGGUCACGUUAAAUAAUGGCUGCUCCAGUCAGUGACCAUGUGGAUGAGAAAAGCAUUUUCUCAGAAAGUGGCCACAGUGGGGUGUGGGUGAGGGUAAACAGAAAUGUUGGUGUUUGAUACUAGGCACUGCAGGUAAGUUGUGAGACUCGCAGUUCACCUCUUAAGGACUCACUUGUCCCAGGAAACUGAUUUUUCUUGGGCGCUUUCAGUAAAGGGGUGUAUUAAUUGGUGCCAGUGUUACAGUCAUAGGCAGUCUCUUCUUGAACCUGCAACUUUAUGACAAGGGGGUGCUUUCCAAUGGUGAAAUCUCAUAUGCUAUGUGAUUAUAUAACCAUAUUCUAGAAGAUUCUGUCUCUAUUAUCUACUGCAUUGACUGACUUGAAGAAGCAUUACUUUUAGGCUCUAACAUGAGUGCAGUAUUAGUUUUAAUAUGCCUUGUGGAAAAAUUAGCUAUAAUCUUUACUACCAGGAGAUAACUGUUGUUCACAUUUCGUGUGUAUAUAUUUGGUAGCUGAUUCCAUGUUAUCUCAUGGCCCUUUUAACAUCUUCAGUUCUCUAACACUUAUUUAAUUCCUUACAGUAAUUGUUAUCUGUUAAAAUAACAGGGUUACUACUUUACUUUCUGGAGCCUGAUUGAAACAAUUAGAUCUUCCAUUUCAGGUGAUGACUGACGGAGGAUGAGCACUUGGAAAAUUGUGAUUGGAAUUUACUGGGCUUCUAGUUGGUAUGAGUUGUACCCAAGUCCAAUCACUCAUCAUUCUACUAUUCAACCUACAUGAAUAUAUUUAUUUGGCCAGGUAUCUCUCUAAGCGAUGCAUUUAGGGCAGGGACAGUGGUGAAAAAAAUAGGAAAGCAGUGGUUUUAGCGCUGAUGCUGGUUUCAACAUUUUGUUGCUGGUGGAAGGCCACUAAAGGACUAGAGACGAGCCAGUCUGGCAUUGCUUACUAGCAUCUUCAUAGAAGAGAUCAUCGUGAGAUGCAGGGGAACACAACGGCUUUCUUAAUACUGUUAGUGGAAUCAUUUCUCAAAAACCCAAAUCAAGGUAGUAAUAUUUUAAAACAGGAAAAUUCUGAGCAUAGACAGUCAAAAUAAGGUGUGACAUGGGAAUUCCCUGGCGGUCCCGUGGUUAGGACUCCGCGCUUUCACUGCCGAGGGCGCAGGUUCAAUCCCUGGUCUGGGAACUAAGAUCCCCACAAGUUGCACAGCACUCCAAUUACUGGAAAAAAUAAAAAUAAAAGCAGGCAUAAUUCCUGGUUAUACCAUUUAAAAAGUUCUAGCAUCUUAAAACCCUCACACAACUCCAUAUACCCUCCAGUUACCCCAUUUCUCUGCUCUGACCGCAACUUUUCAAAUAAAUUAUCUACACUGGCCAUUCUUUAUUCUUCACCCCUUACAAGAUACUUCUCAGUUUCCAUCCCUUCAUUUGAAAAAAUGGAACAUGCAAUAUUCAUGUUCCCAAGCCCAGCUGAUGCACCUGCCCUUUCUCUCAGUGCCCAAGUAGCAUUUGAUAUCAUUGACUCUUCUCAUUCUGGCUCUGGUGACACCACAUUUCUUUGGUUCCUCGAAUUCCUCCCCUAUCUGCUUCUUUUGGCCUGUUCUCUACCCCCGACUUCUGAAGGGCAACACUUAAUUGGGCUUCUCUGCCUGUCUGCUUCCUCAGGGGGAUCUCAGCUGGAAUAAUAAAUUACUAUUUACCUACUACUGACUCCUAAACGUGUAUCUAUUCUUCUCUGAGCUGUAGACAUAUAUCCCAUCACCUACUUGGCAGACAUCUUCAUUCAGGUUUUUUUUUUUAUAAAUACCUCAAAUUUAACUUUCCAAAACAGAGCUCUUAAUUUCCUCCAAUUUCCCAAACCUGUUCCUCCCACUACAUUUAUUAAGUCAGAAACCAAGAAGUUAUCAUCAAGAGUAGCCGUAGCUGCUAGUUUGGCUGUCAUACUUCCAUAGAUUUGGCCAAUAGAAAGGCAAUGCACCCAAAUAGAUUUAGAAAGUUUAUUACUUACACAGACAGCAAAAGCAGGACCAGUGAGGAGUCAGUGUCCCACAUCCCUGGUCGCUAGGGAUAUCUGGAGCUAACACUGAACCGGGGGGGCCAGAUGACAGAUGCCUUAAGUGGAGGGUAGCUCUGUUAUUGAGGAGCCAACUCUAAACUCCAACCAAGCAGUCUUAUUAGCCUACAUCUGUACCUGAAUGUGGGUGAGGUGGAAAUCCCAUGCCUCACUGGAACCAGGGAGUGGGAUGAGAAAUUGCCUCAUGGCAGCCUUCUGCAAGCUAGGGAGCCAGAUGAUAAAUGGCCUUGAGAUGGCUCCCCUAAGACUGCCUGUCUUACCAUGUUCCAGGAAGGAUCGUAGGGGUUUCUGUCAAGACUUGGGUCAGGCUACAGUUGAGUGUUGGCUAUGCAGAUAUGCAAAGUGAGCAAGGUUGCCAUGCUGAAUGCAUUACCCUACAGUUAUGGGCAGAGGAUCUGAAGACGUUUUACCAAGGAAGACAUACAGAUGGCUAACAGGCCAUAAAAGGAUGCUCAACAUUAAUCAUUAGGGAAAUGCAAAUCAAAACCACAAUGAGGUAUCACCUCACAUCUGUCAGGAUGGCUAUUAUCGAAAAGACAGCAAAUAACAAGUGUUGGCAAGGAUGUAUAGAAAAGGGAACCCUUGUGCACUGUUGGUAGAAAUGUAAAUUGGUGCAGCCACUAUGGAAAACAGUAUGGAGAUUCCUCAAAAAAUUAAAAAUAGAACUACCAUAUGAUUCAGCAGUUCCACUCCUGGAUAUUUAUCUGAAGAACACAAAAACACUAAUUAGAAAAGAUAUAUACACCCCAAUGCUCAUUGCAGCAUUACUUACAAUAGCAGAGAUAUGAAAGCACCCAAAGUGCCCAUCAAUAGAUAAGUGGAUAAAGAAGACAUGGUGUGUGUGUGUGUGUGUACGUGUGUGUGUGUGUGACUAUUACUCAGCCAUAAAAAAAAAAUGAAAUCUUGCCAUUUGCGACAACACGGGUGGACCUACAGGGUAUAAUGCUAAGUGAAAUAAGUUAGAGAAAGACAAAUACUGUAUGAUUUCACUUAUAUGUGGAAUCUAAAAAACAAAUGAUCAAACAUAACAAAAAAGAAACAGAGUUAAAGACAGAGAACAAGUGGUUCCCAAAGGGGAGGCGGGUAAGGAGAGGAAAGAAAUAGGUGAGAGAUUAAGUGGUAAAAACUUCCAGUUGCAAAAUAAAUGAGUAAUGGGUAUGAAAUGUACAGUGUGGGGAAUAUAGUCAAUAACUAUGUAAUAAUAUCUUUGUAUGGUGACAGAUGGUAACUAGAUUUAUCGUGGUGAUCAUUUUGAAAUGUAUAGAAAUACCAAAUCACUAUGUUGUGUAACAGGAACUAACAUAGUGUUGUAGGUCAAUUAUACUUCAAAAACAGACAAACAAAGAAAUAGAAAAAGAGAUCAGAUGUGUAGUUACCAGAGGUGGAGGGUAGGGGGAGAGGGAAUUUGGAGGAAGGCAGUCAAAAGGUACAAACUUUCAGUUAUAAGAUAAAUAAGUACUAGGGAUGUAAUGUACAACAUGAUAAAUAUAAUUAAUACUGCUGUAUGUUAUAUAUGAAAGUUAAGAGAGUAAAUCCCAAGAGUUCUCAU